CUGAGUGCACCUUGGUCUCCCGUGGUGAUUGGAGGGGUGAGGAGGGAAGUCUGGAAGCCCCACCCUCCCCAGAGCCAGCCCAGCCUAGGAUCCCUCUCUUUCUCUCUCCCUUUUGGCAGACAGUGAAGACGUUAAUCUCUUUCAGCUGAAGCAGGUUCCCUUCGUUUCUGUCCUGACAGGAGGCCAACAGGAGCUGACCCCAGGUCACCAUGAGCUCGGCCAUCACCAGCUGGGAGCACCCCGACCCUCUGCAGAGGGCGGACGAUGGGCUCAACUGUCACCAUGAUGGCCAAGGCGGGAAGAAGGCCGGGCAGGCCGGGAGCUCCAGCAGCAGAGAGCCAACCUAUAGCGUCCUGGAUGUCCCCCCGUGGUACCUCUGCAUUCUCUUGGGCAUCCAGCACUUCCUCACGGCCCUGGGGGGACUCGUGGCAGUGCCGCUCAUCCUGGCCAAGGACCUGUGCCUGCAGCAUGACCCCCUGACUCAGAGCUACCUCAUCAGCACCAUUUUCUUCGUCUCUGGCCUCUGCACUCUCCUGCAAGUGUUUUUAGGAGUCAGGCUGCCCAUUCUCCAGGGAGGGACAUUUGCUUUCGUGGCACCCUCCCUGGCCAUGCUCUCCCUUCCUGCUUGGAAGUGCCCUGAGUGGACAUUCAAUGCCAGUCUGGUGAACACCAGCUCUCCCGAGUUCACCGAGGAAUGGCAGAAGAGGAUCCGAGAGUUGCAGGGUGCCAUUAUGGUUGCAUCCUGUGUCCAGAUGCUAGUAGGAUUCUCAGGCCUCAUUGGGUUUCUCAUGCGCUUCAUUGGCCCCUUGACCAUCGCUCCGACCAUCUCCUUGGUGGCCUUGCCUCUCUUUGAUUCUGCAGGCAGUAACGCUGGGGUCCACUGGGGGAUUGCCGCUGUGACCAUCUUCCUCAUCGUACUGUUUUCUCAGUACCUGAAAAACGUCGCAGUACCUGUGCCGGUUUAUGGAGGAAAGAAGUGCCACACGUCUAAGUUCUACCUGUUUCAGGUCUUCCCGGUGCUGCUGGCGCUCUGCCUCUCGUGGCUUCUCUGCUUCGUGCUCACGGUCACCAACGCCCUUCCCACGGCCCCCACGGCCUAUGGGCACCUGGCCCGCACUGACACCAAAGGCAAUGUGCUGAGCCAGGCUCCUUGGUUUCGCUUCCCUUACCCAGGACAGUGGGGUCUCCCCACCAUCAGCCUGGCCGGGGUCUUUGGGAUCAUUGCAGGGGUAAUCUCCUCGAUGGUGGAGUCCGUAGGUGAUUAUUAUGCCUGUGCCCGGCUGGUGGGGGCCCCCCCGCCUCCGAGGCACGCUGUCAACCGCGGCAUCGGCAUCGAGGGUCUCGGAUGUCUGCUGGCGGGGGCCUGGGGGACAGGGAAUGGCACCACCUCCUACAGCGAGAACGUCGGGGCGCUGGGCAUCACCAGGGUGGGGAGCAGAAUGGUGAUGGUCGCUGCCGGCUGCUUGCUGCUGGUGAUGGGCGUAUUCGGGAAGAUAGGGGCUGCCUUUGCCACCAUCCCGACCCCAGUGAUCGGAGGCAUGUUCCUGGUGAUGUUCGGGGUCAUCACCGCCGUGGGGAUCUCCAAUCUUCAGUAUGUGGACAUGAACUCAUCCAGGAACCUCUUUAUCUUUGGCUUCUCCAUCUACUGUGGGCUCGCCAUUCCCAGCUGGGUGAACAACAACGCUGAGAAGCUCCAGACAGGGAUUCUCCAACUGGACCAGGUCAUCCAGGUGCUGCUGACCACGGGCAUGUUUGUUGGUGGAUUUCUGGGCUUUUUCCUGGACAACACCAUCCCCGGAAGCCUGGAGGAGAGAGGCCUCCUGGUGUGGAAUCAAAUCCAGGAGGACUCCGAGGAGACUGCAAAGGCCUUGGAGGUGUACCGCCUGCCCUGCGGGAUCGGCACCAAGGUCUGCACGUCCUCCUGCACCCAGUACCUCCCCUUCUGGCCCAGGCUGGAAGCCGGGAGCCGGGAGCGGGGCCGGAACCUGCUGGCCCGCCUCUUCCAGGACCCCUCUGGAGCGUGCGGGAAGGGCGCCUCUGAAACCAAGCUGUGACAAGAAUGUCCUCACGCCCGCCCCAACGCGCUCUUCACCCCCCUCCCCGACCUCAAGAGCUCAUCCGCAUGGCGAGGAGGGUGGGCACCCUGCAUGCAGGGCAACCAGAUGAGUACUGAUUAAGGCCAUGAGGAGGGUGCUGCUUUGAUAUAUUUGGACGCUGCAGCCUUCCACGUGCUCCAGCGAAAACCAGGCCCCCACCUCCAGCGUCAGCCCGUGUGACCCAGGGUUCGCCCAGAUGCGCUGGGCCCACACGUUCUCGGUCAUACUUUGAUGCCUUGGGACAAAGAGGCGGGGGGUGGCAGAGGGGACGGAGGUGGGGCUGUUUGCUGGAAGGCACCAGGAACAGUUGUCUUCGAGCCCCUCUUGUCCUCCCCCUCCCUGGCACCUGCCCCUGGAGUCUGGCGCCUCAGGAGAGAUGAGGAGGACCCCCUGUUCCCCCAGCGCCUGCUCUGAUCUUCUGGUGCUCCAGGCCGCCCCCGGCUCAAGCUGUUUGUGAUGGAAGGUUCUUAGCGUGCACGUUCUUGGAAUCGAGUGCCCGGACUCUGGCUUAGGCUUUGCCCUGCUCUUGCAGGCUGCCAAGGAAUCAGAACCCACUCCCCCAAAUGGCCUCCCUCAAGAGUGCAGCAUGAACUCCUGCCUGAGUUUCCAGCUGUCUGGUCUGCCCUGCAAAUUUCAGAUUUGCGGUCUCCACCAUUAAUAUUUAAACUGAUACCUACCCCCGUACCCUUACCUGUCCUCUGGGGUCUGUUUCUCUGACAGAUAGGUGCUGGCUCAUACGGGACGAUAUCAUCAGUCAAGACACAGGAAGAUACCUUUGUAGGAAGAGGCCUCGGUGGGGAGGACAGGAGGGCAAGGCCCAUCGGAGGGGAUGUUAAAGCGACACAUGCGUCCUGGGCUGCACCACAGCCAGUGAUCCCUGCGGGUGGGGAGCAGAGGGCUGUUCGAUCUGAAGAGUGGAGGCAGGGACACUCCUAGCGCAUGGCCACGGGGAGAAAGGACACAGCAUUCCCCUGAGGUCUGCCCUGGCCAGGGUCCACUGCCACACAAUGCUCCAGGAAUGAGGGCUGCACUGGAGUGGGUGGGGGCCACUUGGAGCUGGCACGUGUUCCUUGAGGACCUACUCUGUGCAGGCACCUCUGUAAAGGCUGAUUUCUCCUUUCCCCCUUA